CUUCUGGAUCAUGCGUGGUGUUCUAGUCUUUUCCUUUGUGCUGCCUCUGAUCACGCCCUUGUUCCAGGAAAUACUCCACACCCUGGACAGCAUCAUGUGGCUGUUCCAGGAAAUACUCCACACCCUGGAACAGCAUCAUGUGGCUGUUCCAGGAAAUACUCCACACCCUGGACAGCAUCAUGUGGCUGUUCCAGGAAAUACUCCCCACCCUGGAACAGCAUCAUGUGGCUGUUCCAGGAAAUACUCCCCACCCUGAAGAACCUCAUGUUUCUGUUCCAGGAAAUACUCCCCACCCUGGAACAGCAUCAUUUGCCUGGAACAGCAUCAUUUGCCUGUUCCAAGAAAUAACCACCACCAUGGAGCGCAUCUUGUGGCUGUUCCAGGAAAUACUCCCCACCCUGAAACAGCAUCAUAUGGCUGUUCCAGGAAAUACUCCCCACACUGGAACAGCAUCAUGUGGCUUUUCCAGGAAAUACUCCCCACCCUGGAGAGCAUCAUGUGACUGUUCCAGGAAAUACUCCCCACCCUGGAACAGCAUCAUGUGGCUGUUCCAGGAAAUACUCCCCACCCUGAAGAACCUCAUGUUUCUGUUCCAGGAAAUACUCCCCACCCUGGAACAGCAUCAUUUGCCUGUUCCAAGAAAUAACCACCACCAUGGAACGCAUCUUGUGGCUGUUCCAGGAAAUACUCCCCACCCUGAAGAGCCUCAUGUGACUGUUCCAGGAAAUACUCCCCACCCUGGAACAGCAUCAUUUGCCUGUUCCAAGAAAUAA